AUGGGGCCGGGCCCCUUCUGCCUCCCAGGCUCUGGGCCGGCAUCUCCCACUGGGGAGCACAGGAGCGGGGGCCCGGGGAGGAGUCUGGGCCUGGCCCCGCCCUCCUCGGCCUCCCUGCGGUCCUCCGCCUGCCUCGGUCUCCUGGUCUGUAAAACAGGAGUAACGGCACCAGGUGCUGCUGCUGGCCCGGGCCCAGCACCCCGCAGGGGGACUUUCCCGAGGCAGCCGGCCUCGCCCCCGCUCCCAGACCAUCGACGGCCCCACAAAGAUCCGCCUCCCAGGCCAGGGUCCGCCAGGCCCAGCUUCCCCCCAGAGGCUCCCGGGCAUCCCCAGCCGCCCCAAUCCGGCCUCCCUCGACUGCGCACAGAGGGGCUCCGAGGGCCGGGGGGCCCAGCGGCCAAUCAGGCGCCUCCUCCACAGGAGCCAGAGUCGGUGCCAGUCCCUGGCAGUGGGGCCCAGGAUGCCCGGGGAGGCCUCUCACGGCCUUUCCCACCUCCAAACACUGAAACGAGGAGAGUGGCCGGGCCCCCCGCCCCCGACGCCGCCCCUGCCAACUGGGAACGCGGAGGGAAGGACCAGCGGGCGCCCCCGGUGACCACUCGACCCGGGAGAACAGCGUCGAGCCCCAGCUGGAGCCAGUUCUGGGCACGGAGGGCGAAGCCCCUGUGCCCGCCGCCGAGUCCCUGCAGACACGGCCCGGAGCUGGCAGCGCGCCCGGACGCCGCUCCUAUCGCUGGGAUCUCGCGCUCCCUCCCAGACGAGCACACACCCGGGAUGCCAGGCCGGGGACAAGCUGCCAAGGUGCCCCUGCCCCCCCAAGCCAGGAGGCCCCGAUCCUCCUCCUGGGCCGACUCCAGCCCCCCCUCCCUCAUUCACCACCCUGACCAACGGGGGAACAAGGAGCCACUUCUCUCCCGCUCUCGGGGGCCCCGCGCCGAGGACACAGGGCAGUGGCGCUCCCCGUCCUCCUGCCCCGUCGGGGAAACAAGAAACCCGCGGGAGGUGGCGGGCGCCCGGUGGCACCUGGGCCGGGUACCCGAGGAGCCUCCCCAGGGAUGA